AAAAACUCUUUCAUGCUUGUUGUAUUUGGAAUUUUUUAACCAGUUCCUAUAAUAUCUUACGUACAGUAAAUCCCUCUUGAGUAAGAGAUUAUGAUUGUGGGACAGUUUGUUUAAAAACAGACUGGAAUGAAAACAGACUUCCUGCGUUGCUAUUUGUUUAAUUUGAGGAAGGAAAGAAAACAGGUUUCUCUCUAGGGCAACUACAAUAUGGACUGAUAAAAAGGCUUUUGAAUCCCACAGCGCUGAUAAUGUUCAACAAAAGGAAUCACUUUUAUCAGUACAUUGUGAUCAUGGUAAACAAAAGGGAUAGCUUCAUGCAGGCCUCAGGUGGAAUGGCAAGACAUUAAGUCUGUAAAACUAAUAUAUCACCUCUUCAACAGGACAAUCUGCUGCACAUGUUAAAUAUCAGCGGCUUUGUUCUCCUGUCAUAUUCACACAGAGACUCAGAUAUGGGUUUGAUGAGCAGCUUGUGGGAACAACAUCAGUUUCUGAUGCAUCAAUGCUUUUCACUUCCAUUCGCAUUUUUGUUUUAUAUUCUUGCUAAACGAGGAUAUCUGGGUUUGACGUACAGGUACCUGUUUGUUUCAGUCGGAGGAUGCGUCCUGGCAGUUGUCACUAUGGGCGUCUACAGCCUGCUUCUCUUCACCUCCACCUCUGUCUUCAUUCUGCUCGUGUGCUCUGUGGAUCUCCGCCGUGUCCACAACUGGGUGUUUGCUGUCCAGAUGUUGUGGCAAACCUUCUGGCACCUACUCAUACAGUACAGGGAAUACUACCUGCAUGAGCCUGUCAGCAUCAGGUUGUUUUUGGCAGUGUCCUCGUUGAUGCUGCUGACUCAGAGAAUCACUUCGCUGUCGAUGGACCUCCAGGAGAAACGAGUUGUGCUAACAUUUAAUGCCUCAUCCAAAAGCAAGGCGUGUGUGAUGCUUCUCCCUCUCAUCAGCUACAUCCUCAAUUUCACCACUCUGCUCGGCGGGCCUCUGUGCUCCUACAGACACUUUGUGUCUUUAAUGGCAGGGAUCAGCCUCCACGCUCCACCUAAUCCACUGGGUGUAUUCCUUCUAAAAUUGAUGCAGAUUAUUUUGCUGGAGUGCGUUAAGUUUUGUGUUGUCUAUUUUCUAAAACACAGCUACUAUGAUUCCUCCUCCUCUAUCUAUGGUGUCCUGUGGGUUUGGGGUCUGGCGCUGGUUUUUAGAAUACAAUAUUAUUCUCAUUGGAGGAUCAGUGAAUGCCUCAAUAACGCAGCUGGGUUUGGCUUUUGGGAAAAAGAACCCGAAGACUCCCCAGACGGGUGCAAACCAUCCGAUGGAGAUUUCUGCACCAUCGAAGCCUCCAGCCGUAUGUCUGAGUUUGCCCGUCGAUGGAACGCAACAACAGCUUCAUGGCUGCGUAGGCUGGUUUAUAUCAGAUGCAAACGUUUUCCCGCUGUUCAUGACUUUUAGUUUCUCACUGUGGUGGCAUGGUUGUCAUUUAGGUCACUUUGUGGGAAUGUGGACCUGGGCAGCAACAGUGAAGGCAGAUUAUC